UGGGGAGCAAAGUCCUGCGGUGAGUCACCCCCACGGCCCCUUAGCUAGAGAAGGGCUUGUGCAGAGCGACAGCUACGAGAAGAAGAGGGUUCUGCAUCCCACCCACCACCACCACCCAGCCCUGGUGGAUCAUGGGCCUCAAGCUGCCUUGAUGAAGGAAUUUGCGAGCGCCAGCUGGGCUGUGGUGUUCCCUGAGGAGGAGGACGGCGGCGGCGGUGAAGAAGAGGAAGAAGAAGAGGAGGAGGAGCAGGGCGACGACACCCCGCCGUGGAGAUGGGGUCGCAGGUCCUGCAGAUCCUUCGCCAGGGCGUCUGGGCCUCGCUGACCGGCGGCUGGUUCUUCGACCCGCACCAGAGCACUUUCUCCAACUGCUUCCAUCUCUACACUUGGCUCUUCCUGCUCAUUUUCCCUUUCCUGCUGUAUAUGGUGAUGCCUCCCAGCGUUAUCGUGGCGGGUGUGUAUUGUGUGGUGGUGGCCGCGUUCUUCACCACCGUCAAGACCGUCAACUACCGCCUGCACACGAUGUUCGACCAGGGCGAGAUUGUGGAGAAGAAGUCAGCUCUGGCGGAGGCGGCCAAGGCUGAAGAGGAAGCAGCCGCUGACGAGGGAAACCUGGCCAGAGACGCUGGCGGGGUGGAGAUGACGGUCUUCCGCAAGGUCAGCUCUACGCCUCCGGUGCGGUGCAGUUCCCAGCAUUCCGUGUUUGGCUUCAACCAGGUCAUGGAUCUGCUGCCCCACUUGGAGGACAGGGGGGCCGUAAGAGACAUCAAAGAACUCGUGCGCGAGCAGGGCAGCAACAACGUCAUUGUCACGGCAGCUGACCGGGAAAUGCUUCAGCGAUGUUCCCCCGAGAACUCUGCUGGUGGUGAUACGAUGGUACCGGCGGACCUGGAAGGGGCGAGCAGCACCCUACCGGCCGUCCCCAAGGUGGAGCCCCCGCCCAGUAGCCGGAAGCAGCCCCCCUCUCUCCCGGUCCAGGCGUCCAUCCAGAGCACGGACUCCUCGGAACAGUCUCCCCCGGCCGGGGCCGCGUCGCGGGCGCCCCCCUGCUGGCCCGCCAGCGAGUCGGAGAGCGUGGGGGACACUCCGCUGAGCCCUCUGAUCAAGAGCAGCCUCAGCGAGGAGCUCAGCCAGAGCUUCCUGAGCCUGACGCUGCCCGAAGCCGGCGGCCACGGCCGGCGGGAGAAGCGGCGCUCGGGAGCAGACUACCAGCCCCUGGAGCCCCGGCCGGAGGGACCCCUCAAAGCAGGCUCCUCGGACAGCUGCUUCAGUGGCACCGACAAAGAGACGCCCAGCACCCUGAGCAGCUACCGGAGCGAGAAGACCAACUCCACCCACUUGGACAGCCCCUUGUUGGGGUCGGGCCCUGGCGGGGCCCCCCCGGAAGACCAAGCGGGGCCCAUCCCGUCCCCGCCUCCCGAGGGCGGCAGUGACACCGACGCCCUUUCGGACAGCGAGCUCCUCCGUUCCCCCGAGCUGGGGCUCCUCGGGGAGCUGAGCUUCGACACGCAGAACACCCUGAACUCCCUGGACACGGUCAAGGGGGACGGCGAGCUGUGGGGCGCCCCCGAGCUGGAGCAGGUGGUGCGGCCCAAGGAGCUGGGCCUCAAAGGCCGCCGGCGCCUCUCGCGCAAGCACGGCAGCGCCUACCUGCCCAUGCGCACCCUCCUGGACAGCAAGGCCUACGCGGAGGGCUUCUUCGCCGACGAGGACUCGAGCGACUGCAGCGACUUGAGCCGGGCCUCCAGCCUGCACUCGCAGCACAACUACAGCACGGACAGCUCCUCCAGCACCUCCUGCUACUCCCCCGAGCGCCACCCCCCCGCCCAGCACGGCAAGCAGAGCCUGCUCCCCGCCGCGGAGGCCAAGCCGCCCCCGGCCCCCGAGGGCGGGCCUCUCCCGCCCAAGCACUCCCGCUACGCCCAGCGGGCCGGUAGCACGGCCAGCGCCAAGACCCACGCCCGGGUGCUCAGCAUGGACGGGGCCCAUGGGGCGGAGGGCAAGGCCCCGGCCUCCCUCACCCUCUCCAAGUCGGAUUUGGAGUCCCACGCCGGGAAGCUGGCGGCCGAGCAGGAGCCGGGCGGCGCCGUGCGCAGCCAGUCGGCCAACCAGCCGGGCUGGAGGGGGGAGCUGCCGGCCGAAGGGGCCGUCGGAGGCGCUCCCCCCGCGGAGGAGGGCCCCAAGUCGGACCGGUCGAGCAACGUGAAGCGCAUGCAGGCCAUGAGGCGGCGGCAUAACGCCGGCAGCAACCCCACCCCUCCGUCCUCGGUGAUGGGGUCCCCGCCCAGUUUACAGGACCUGCAGCGAGGCCGGGCCUCGUCGCAUUCCCGCGCCCUCACCCUCCCCUCGGCCCUGCAGUUCGCCAGCUCCCUCCUGCUGCCACGUGGGGUCAUCCACGAAGCCUGCAACUUCGACGACACCUCGGAAGGCGCCGUGCACUACUUCUACGACGAGAGCGGUGUCCGACGCUCGUACACUUUUGGGCUGGCAGGGGGCGGCUACGAGAACCCCAUGGGGCAGCAAGUCAGCGUGGACCACGCAACCACAAACAGCGGCUGGGACAGGCAUUCGCACUCCUCUAGCUUCAACUCCGCGGAGGUGCCGGAAGGGACGCCUGCCCUCACGCUGCUGCAGCCCCGUCCCGUGGUCCUCCAGGGCAUGCAAGUGCGCCGAGUGCCGUUGGAGAUCCCCGAGUUCGACCUACUGGACCAAGAAUCUCUGCACGAGUCCCAGGAGAACACGCUCAUGAUUGAAGACAAGUGCCACCCGCGGCAGUACUACAAGUUCUGGGUGCUGCCGGGGCGCUGGAUGCGUGUGCGCUACGACCGGCUGGCGCUGCUGGCCCUGCUGGACCGGAACCGGCGAAUGGCUGAGAAUGUCUUUGUGGUGUUGCUGGUGAGUCUGGUAGCUUUCCUCGGCUACCUCCUCCUCCUCCAGGGCUUCUUCCGGGACAUUUGGGUGUUCCAGUUCUGCGUGGUCAUCGCCAGCUGCCAGUACUCCUUGCUGAAGAGCGUCCAACCCGAUGCCGCUUCGCCCAUGCACGGGCACAACUGGAUCAUCGCCUACAGCCGGCCUGUCUACUUCUGCGUGGCCUGCCUGCUGAUAUGGCUGCUGGACUUCUGCGCCCGCGCGGCGCCCUUCCCGCCUGUCGCUUUCUACGAUCUCACGCUCUUCUCCUCCGGCUUCUUCUACUGUGCCCGGGAUGUGGCAAUCGUUUUCACCCUCUGCUUCCCGGCGAUCUUCCUCUUCGGACUCCUCCCGCAGGUCAACACGUGCUUCAUGUACCUUCUGGAACAGGUGGACAUGAACAUCUUUGGUGGAACAGCUGCCACCAGUCCCCUCACCGCCUUCUUUGCUCUCCUGCGUAGCAUCCUGGUGGCUUCCCUUCUGUAUGGCUUCUGCCUUGGAGCCAUCAAGGCACCGUGGGGCGACCAGCACGUACCCGUUCUCUUCUCCGUCUUCUGUGGCCUCCUCGUGGCUCUCUCGUACCACCUGAGCCGCCAGAGCAGUGACCCAACCGUUCUCUGGUCUUUGAUACACACCAAGCUCUUCCCCGAGUUCGAAAGCCGCAACGUGGAAAGCCCCCUGGUUGGGAUUACGGACCCGCUGCCUGAGAAACUGCGGAGUUCGCUGCGGGAGAUCCUCCAUUCAGACAUGGUCAUGUGUUUGGUCAUCGCUGUCUUGACCUUCGCCAUCAGCGCCAGCACGGUUUUCAUCGCCCUUGAGUCUGUUCUAGGCUAUGUGCUCUACGCCUUGGCAGGCCUGGUGGGUUUCGUCACACACUACCUGCUGCCCCAGCUACGGAAGCAGCUGCCCUGGUUCUGCCUCUCCCAGCCGGUGCUGAAGCCGCAAGAAUACAGCCAGUUUGAAGUGCGCAGUGCGGCCCAGCUGAUGUGGUUUGAGAAGCUCUACGCCUGGCUGCAGUGCGUGGAGAAAUACUUCAUCUACCCGGCGGUGGUGCUCAAUGCCCUCACUAUCGACGCCCACCUGGUCAGCGCCCCGCGGCAGGACAAGUUCUGCGUCUACUGCCGGGCCCUCCUCAUCACGGUGGCGGGCAUGAAGCUUCUGCGUUGCUCCUUCUGCUGCCCCCCGCAGCAGUACGUCACCCUGGGCUUCACCGUCCUCUUCUUCCAGUUUGACUACAAGCAGUAUUCCGAGGGCUUCCUCACGGACUACUUCAUCAUGUCGAUCCUCUUCAACAAGCUCUGGGACCUCUUAUACAAACUACGGUUCGUCCUCACCUACAUUGCCCCCUGGCAGAUUACAUGGGGCUCAGCUUUCCACGCCUUCGCUCAGCCUUUCGCCGUGCCUCAUUCGGCCAUGCUAUUCGUCCAGGCCGUCCUCUCUGCCCUCUUCUCCACCCCCCUCAACCCGCUGCUGGGCAGCGCCGUCUUCAUCAUGUCCUACGCCCGCCCCGUCAAGUUUUGGGAGCGCGACUACAACACUAAAAGAGUUGACCAUUCCAACACCCGGCUGGCCACGCAGCUUGACCGCAACCCAGGUGCCGACGACAACAAUCUGAACUCCAUCUUCUACGAGCACCUGACGCGCUCGCUGCAGCACACGCUCUGUGGGGACCUUCUCCUGGGGCGGUGGGGCAACUGCACCCCGGGGGAUUGCUUCAUCCUAGCCUCGGAUUACCUGAACGCCUUGGUGCACCUCAUCGAGAUCGGCAACGGCUUGGUGACCUUCCAGCUACGGGGCCUCGAGUUCCGCGGCACGUACUGCCAGCAGCGGGAGGUGGAAGCCAUCACGGAAGGCGUGGAGGAGGACGAGGGCUGCUGCUGCUGUGAGCCGGGCCACCUGCCCCGCAUGCUGAGCUUCAACGCCGCCUUCGGUCAGCGCUGGCUGGCCUGGGAAGUGGCCGCCACCAAGUACGUCCUGGAGGGCUACAGCAUCAGCGACAACAACGCCGCCUCCAUGCUGCAGGUCUUCGACUUGCGCAAGAUCCUCAUCACUUACUACGUCAAGAGUAUCAUCUACUAUGUGACCUGCUCCCCGAAGCUGGAGGACUGGAUGGGUAACGAGGGCAUCCAAGAGGCCCUGCGGCCCUGCUCCGCCCUCAACUACGCUGACAGCGACCCCACCUUCAACCUCAACAUCGAUGAGGACUAUGACCCCCGCAUGGCGGGGAUCACCCUGGUUUCCUUCUGCAACAUCUACCUCGAAUGGAUCCAGUACUGUGCUGGGCGCAGGGAGAAGCCGGUGGACCGCGAAUGGAACUCUCCUCUGGUCAGCCUGUGCUUUGGGCUCUGCAUCCUGGGGCGCCGGGCGCUGGGCACGGCCUCCCACAGCAUGUCCGCCAGCCUGGAGCCCUUCCUCUACGGCUUGCAUGCACUUUUCAAGGGUGACUUCCGCAUCACCUCGCCCCGCGACGAGUGGGUCUUCGCCGACAUGGACCUCCUCCAUCAUGUGGUGGCGCCCGGAGUGCGCAUGUCCCUCAAACUGCAUCAGGACCAUUUCACCUCCCCAGAUGAAUACGACGACCCCACCGUCCUGUACGACGCCAUCCGGUCGAACGAAGAGAAGAUGGUGAUCUCCCACGAGGGAGACCCCGCCUGGCGCAGCGCCAUCCUCACCAACACGCCCGCCCUCCUGGCCCUCCGCCACGUGAUGGACGAUGCCAGCGACGAGUACAAAAUCAUCAUGCUCAACAAGCGCUACCUCGGAUUCCGGGUCAUCAAGGUGAACCGGGAAUGCGUGCGGGGCCUGUGGGCCGGGCAGCAGCAGGAGCUGGUAUUCCUCCGGAACCGGAACCCGGAGCGUGGCAGCAUCCAGAAUGCCAAGCAAGCCUUGCGCAACAUGAUCAACUCUUCCUGCGACCAGCCCAUCGGCUACCCCAUCUACGUUUCGCCCCUGACCACUUCGUAUGCCGGUAGCCACCUGCAGCUCCGUUCGUUGUGGGGAGGACCUAUCAGCUUACACAAUAUCUCUGCUUGGUUCAUACGAAGCUGGGAGAGGUUACAGAAAGGUUGUGGGGCUGGUUGCAACAGCGGGGGGAACAUUGAGGAUUCGGAUUGCGGUGGUGGCUCUUCCUCCCUCAGCAAUAACCCUGCAACGCACGGGUCUCAGGUUCCCGGGAGCACCGCUCACAGCAUCGGACCGGCAGCUGCAAACCCCACAGAACUGGCAGUCACCACUGCUCAGCCUCAGGCAGACCUCGACCCCGGCCUUCCUCCUCCGAACCCAAGCUGGCUGGUCCAGCCCCAGCCGGCCCCCUCGCUGAGCCAAGGCGAAGGACGGCCCCCGCCGACGCCGGCCGCGUCUUGGCCCCCCGGACCGCACUUCUUGGGGGGGCAGCUUUCCUGCGCCAGCUCCUUGGCUUCCGUGGCAGACGGGAUGGGGCGUGUCCCCCUGCCUCUCCGCCCAGGGCUCGGGACUCCCUCCGCCUUCGCCUACGAGGGGCUUUGCGGGAAAUGGAGCCUGCCCAGCCGCAAGGGACUGAACGGGCUAGGCGGCAGCGAGAGCGACGUCCUCCCUGGGACACCCCCGCCCCGCUCCAAGGACAACUCUUCGAUGUCUUCUGCGGUGGCUGCGUUGGGGACGCCGGGCGUGGCGGGGAGUCCGAAGCCCGAACCCCCGGCUCCGGCCCCUCAGGCUCCCAGCGACUCCACCCCGUUGCCACUGGAACUGUCUCCUGCCCACCGAGGGAGCUGUCCCCUACCUGAACCUGCCCCCAUUGUGGCUGAGUGGGGCCGGCAACGGGAAGAGGAAGAGAGCCCGGCCGCCGGGCACCGACUUCUGGACCACCAGUACUGACGGGGAGGCCCCCCGCCCCCAUCCGCUACAGAACCACGGGCUGGUCCCGUUAAGACGCUUCCUUUCCCCCUUUUUGGGGGGGAACCCGCUCUCGGACUUGCCUUCCCUUUCCUUCAGGACCAUGGACAGCAAUAAGGGGACGGGGCUGCUCCGUCUUAGCCCUCCGCCGUGGCAGCCAUCCGUUCCCCCAUUCCCCCCCCCUCACUCCCCAUUUGCCUGCAGGGGCAGGCUCAUUCUCUUGGGACACGGAGUGUGUGUGUGUACGGGGGGCGGGGGGGGGAGAGGUCUCCAUGCACUGCCCCCCCCCUCCAACCUUGGACACCCAGUUCGUUCCGGUGACGCUCAAGGGCAAUU